AGUUCAUUAUUUUAACCUCGUCAGUGAUACACUUUCUUUUCGGUCCGAAAUCGCCCAUCGAUCAACAUGGGUACGACUCCUUUCCGCCCCCAAGGAACAUGAUCACGAAAAAGCAUGAGUUUCAAGGAACGACCCCCCGACACAAAUCCACAAACAAUUGGCUGUGAUCCAAAUACGAACUCCACGAAACGCAACAGCGGCCUGUUCGCCUUCUGGAAAUGGUUCAAGCCAUCAACAUCGCGCGAAUCCAUAGACGCGGACCUACAAGUAUCGCGUUCGAGUAGCUGCGACAGCUUGAAUUCCUCGCACAGUGCCGGUACGGUGGCGUCGUUCUCCUUUAUCGCUCCCGGUGAUUACAAAAGUUCCGUGUCCGAAAAGUGCAUCGCCCCCGGCCCCGAGACCGACACGUACAAGGCCAGGCUGAAGCAGCGCGACAGGACGCGCGAGAAGGACAAGAACCUGACGCUCCGGAAGAAGUACAAUCUCUUCUUCAACAGGGACUUCUCGCUGCGGUCGAAGCACAAGCCGGCCGAGGUCGAGAACUCCAAGAGCCUGCCGCUGAUGCCGCGCGGCGCCAUCGAGGAGACCAUGGAGGAGACGAAGGUGCACCGGCGGACGAACAGCGAGAGUUCGAAGAUCCGCAAAGCGGGCGCCUACGUGCACGUGAAGGGCAAGCGGAAAGCGCCCCAGCCGCCCGGCCAUCAAGCCCAUCAGGACGAUCCGAGGACCAACAGCUUGAAGAGGAAGAAGCGCUUGGCCCCGCCGCCUCCGACCAUCGUCGAAGACGGGGUGAACGCGGCCGAUGAGGCGGGCGUUAUUUGUAACGAUUCGUUAAAAUUAGAUCACGGCGUAUUGAAACCCGUCAAAGAAUCGGACAAACCUACUACGGAUCAAAAUAGCGCGACGAACUCCCCCACCGCCGCAAGGUCGGCCGCUGUUGACGCUCCCGUCUCUCCUAGAGCGUGGUACAAGAGGAACAUGCCGGACAAAACGAAAAAGGACAAAGUCGAAAAUAAAUACGAGCCGAUCGAGCGCCUUCCCGAAGUUCCGUUCUCCAGAAAUUCCUCUCUUGAUUUAACCUUAGAUGAUGUAAAAAUAGAAAGGAAAAAGGAGGAGAAACGAAAAUCCGGCAUGACUUUCCUCACGAACAUCAGCGAGCUAGACAGAGAAGCGCACGAAAUAGUUAAAAACAAGUCGGCCGAUUAUCAAGAGAUGCCCGAAUUCAUGCGCCCCAAAAACGCCAAAGGCGAAACCGAAGAAUGGGUCUCGCCCAAACGACGCUCCGCCAAAGACCUAAUAGCCAAAUUCAACGCCAUAGCGAGUGUUAGAAAAGUCAACGUGUUCGGCUCCAACAAAGACAAACUAUUAGAGAAACAAAUCAGUUUGGACGAGACGCGACGAAGACAGGAAAUGAUACUGGAAAACCACAAGAAACGUCUGGAAGAAAUCGACAGCAAGAAAAACCUGCCGCUCAUGAAAUCCGAAAGCGCCAACGCGAUCAAACCGAAACCAGAAGCGCAGAAGAGCUGGUCCUGUCCGGACUGCAACAUCACCAACGACUACUGGAGGAUCAUCUGUCGCGUCUGCUCGAAGAUUAAGCCCGACUUCGACGAUUUCUCGGCGUCGCCGAAGCCCGAGCGGAAGGACCUCGCGCCGCUCAAGAAGGCCGAAAUAAACUUCGAACGCUCCAAAACCCAAAUUGGAUUCUCGGCGUUGCUCAACUACAAUCACAGCAAACUCAAGGCGAGCGGCUCCACUGAAAAAGUCGACCAAGACAGCAAGCGCGAGGAAAAGGAGAAGCUGAAGAAAAUGCUCAUCGAAAUGAAAAACUCGUUGCCGAAGCGCCAGGUGAAUCAAGCGCAAAGGAAAACCAACACUUCGAGCGUAAUAAUAGAAAACCCCGAAGACGCGAUUAAGGACGACGACGAAGCAGUCAAGGAGAAAACGCAGGAAGAAAAAGUGGCCGAAAUCCUCAUAGGAACCACCACUACGGUGUACGAAAAUAUAAAAGUGAAGAAAACCGACAAUCCUAGACCAUUAAAAGUGUCCACAUCAGCCCAAACAACGGCGGCGGUUCGCCAGCAACUUCCUCCUUCAACCAUAUCUAACUUGGUCGCAGACCAGCGCAACAAAGCCGAUUACCAGCUGAUGCAGGCCAAGGACUUCGAGAACAUUUACUCCCAAUCCAGCCAAUCUGCAGCGAAAAUGUACGCGAAUUUGGUGCGCAGCGACGAGCUGUCGUUGUUCUUCAACAUACCGAAGGAGGCACCCAAGAAAGACGAGAAGUGCUCCAGGAACCUGACCAGGACCGAUAGCUUGCAGAUCAACAGGCUAUUGAAGAAACUGGAGCUGGCGAUUUCUAAGGGGGAAUUGACCGAGUCGUCGAAUAUCGCCAGGGAGCUGGCCUUGUUGAAAGUCAAUUGCUCGGUGGUCAGGCACAAAACGUUAGCUUCGAGGGAGAAAUCGAAGAAAAUACAAAUAGAAAUGUACGUAGAGGACAAAAUCUCCCAUAGAGGCCCCUUUCCAGUGGAAGUAUCACCGGAGCAGACGUUAGCGCGACUAAAGGACCAGGUGGAGAAGGAAUUUGAAAUACCCAAGGCCUUCCAACGCUGGAUCCUCGGCAAAGACCUAGUAACAGACGAUAAUUCGAAACUGAAAGACUUCGGUAUAACCAGAGACGAUUGCCCGGUUUUCUUGUAUUUAGUGGCCCCAGAAGCUAGUGAAGCCGCAAAGAAACCUUCCAUUGACGUCAGAAAUAUGCCCUCUACAUCCAAACAAAAUAUCGGUGCCAGUAUAAUAGAUACGACUUUUAAAUUGGAAUCAAAUUCUUCACCGAUAAAUAAGGAAGCUAGCGAGCCUAAAUUGGAGUAUAAACCUCCCAAGAUAUCAAAUCCCUUCAAAGACAAAUUGGAACCUAAAUUUAGCCAAGUAAUUUGCAGUAAUCGAACGCCUAAAAUCGUUAAUGUAAUACCUAAAUCCACCGAAUUGGCAUCAAAACCAGAAGACAAUGAAGAAAAUACCAAGAACAAAGAAGAACUUCCUCCGCUUAAGAACGAAGCCUCUUCAUCAAAAACCGAAAUCACUAAAUUUAAAAAAGAACGCACUCCUACAAGAGUCGAAAUAAAGCAAGUCCAGCAAUCCUCGAGACCUAUGGAAGUGUUAAAGGUAGAAAUAAAAUCAACACAAGUGCCUGCAACAGUAAUAGAAACCGUGAAAGUAGAAGUAGAAGCUAACGACUCGAAAUCGAUUCUGAUUCCAAUCACAAUCGAAAAUGAUCUCAAUCCCACAGCUACCUCUUCGGGAUCCCCGAAACUGCUAAAAUCUAAAGCAGAACCACCGAAACCACAAGUGGCACCGCUGGAUCCCAGCCUGGAAGUGAAGCCGAUUGUCCAGCAAGUAUUUCCCACAAUCAACCAACCGAAAUCUGGGGAUUUAAAGGUUCCCCCGAAAGCCAAAGAAGAGGAGGAUUUCUCCGAUUACGAGUCGAGAACCCUGAAGCCUCUAAAAGAAUGGGAAUGCCACUUGUGCACUCUACUCAAUCCCGUAAGCAGUAACGUUUGCGCCGUUUGCUCGACGGUUAGAGUAAGAACGAAAGUUGAAGUCAAGACCGAGGAAGCAGCUUCGACGGAAGCGCAAACUUACUACCAGCUAUUGAAUUUAGAUAAUACCGAUUUAAUAGAAAACGUGGAACCGUUUACUUGCUUGGUUUGUUUCGCUGAAAUUCCGGCUAAAGAAGGCGUCACGCUCAGGGAGUGCUUGCAUCAAUUCUGCAAGCCUUGCCUGUCGCAAACCGUAGAGUUUUCGGACGAGGCGGAGGUCAGGUGCCCGUACAGAGACGAGAAUUACGCCUGCAAUAUCAGCCUGCAAGACAGGGAAAUAAAGGCGCUAGUUUCUGCUGGAGUUUACGAGCAACAUUUGGCCAAAUCCGUGGCGCAAGCUGAGAACAAAAUAGACAAUUCCUUUCAUUGCAAGACGCCGGAUUGUAAGGGCUGGUGCGUUUACGAGGACAACGUUAACGAGUUCAAGUGUCCCGUAUGCAAAAAGACGAAUUGUUUAACAUGUCAGGCAAUCCAUACCGGACUGAACUGCAGGCAAUUCCAGGAGAGGAUCAAGGACGACGCCAAUUUGGACGAAGACGGGAAGAAGACGAAAGCCAUGUUGGAGGAGAUGGUGCAGAAAGGAGAGGCCAUCGAGUGCCCGACUUGCCGGGUGAUUUUGAUGAAGAAAUGGGGUUGCGAUUGGUUGAGAUGUUCGAUGUGUAAAACGGAAAUUUGUUGGGUGACGAGAGGGCCGAGAUGGGGCCCUUUCGGCAAGGGCGACACGUCCGGGGGCUGCCAAUGCGGCGUUAACGGAGUCAAGUGCCAUCCGAAAUGUAAUUAUUGCCAUUAAAACAAUCUAGUUUAUGAAAUGUGUAAGAUCUCAUUAAGCGACGUUUUAUAGGAAAUUAUCUACUCGAAUUUAGACUAUGUUUUUGUAAACUGGAUUGUAAAUUUUUCCUUUUUGAUACCUCAAAGAGGCUUAUUAUAAUCAGCUUUUCUGCCAAAGGUUCUAAAGAAAAUGAACUGAACGAUGUAAAUGAUACGAUUAUGUGAUUAAUUAGCAGUGAAAUAUGUAAUAAUUUUAAGUUUCUG